UCAACGAGCUUGUGACCUGUGCCAAGGCAGCUGUGUAAGGGGAGCCGUGAAAGAAAACGAAAUUCAUGGAAGCGUGGUAUUUGCAAAUGAAUGAAAAUCAAAAGAAAAUUAAAAUAAUAUUUUUGCAGGUAAAUUCAGCAAGAGGCACUAACUGUGCCUUUUAGAUUGGUUAUCAGCUUUGGGACAGAUCACCUGAUCAGUUUUGCUUGAGAAGAUCUGCUCGAGCUAGGGUUCACCUUCAACAUUAUUAAGAAAAUAUCUUGCUGAUGACAGUAAGAUUGGUCUCUGCUUGCCCCAGCGUCUUUACCGCAGGUGCCAGGAUUUAGAGCUGUGUCUUGUUUGGGAUCUUUUUUCAAAUUGUUUGGAGUCCAUGGAAUAUACCCUUUAAUUUUUUUUCAGGGUUUUAUUAAAAAAAAUAAUAAUAAUAAAAAAAAUCUAAAAAAAAUCUGGAAUCAACUUUGAUAAAAUAGUGGAGGACUGGGCUGAAAAAGCCAAAGUCAACAAUGAGCAUCAACAAGGAAGAUGUGGAGAAGUUCCUUGAUGGAAACCUGUCUUUUGCCCGGCAGUACUUUGACAAAAAGCUGAGACCUGAGGCUAUUGCCAGUGUCCUAGGCAGGGCUGAGCCCCUGGUGGAUUUUACAUCUUUCAGGGAACUCAGUCAGGUGGAGGAGAGUGAGAUUCUGUUUGAGCUCAUUCGAGACAUGCAGGAAAGCAUCAAUAUGGAGAAAGUUGUCUUCAAGACGCUGAAGAGGAUCAGCUUCCUCAUCCAUGCAGACAGAUGCAGUCUCUUUAUGUACCGCCAAAGGAAUGGUGUAGCUGAGCUGGCCACCAGGCUCUUUAAUGUCCAUUAUAAUGCACAUAUGGAUGAUUGUCUGGUCCAGCCAGAUUCAGAAAUUGUCUUCCCUCUGGAUAUGGGCGUAGUAGGAAACGUUGCCCAAACCAAGAAAACCGUAAACAUCAAAGAUGUCAAAGAGUCCAGCCACUUCAGCUCUUUUGUGGAUACCCUCACAAGCUAUGAAACAAAAAGCAUACUGGCUACUCCCAUCAUGAACGGCAAAGACAUUGUGGCAGUGAUCAUGGCUGUGAACAAGAUAGAGGGUUCUGGCUUCUCUCAGGAGGAUGAAGAUCUUUUUCUGAAGUAUUUAAAUUUUGCCUCAUUAAACCUCAAAAUUUACCACCUGAGUUACCUGCACAAUUGUGAGACACGUAAAGGACAGGUUCUUUUGUGGUCUGCUAACAAGGUAUUUGAAGAGUUGACAGAUAUUGAGAGACAGUUUCACAAAGCCUUGUACACAGUGAGGGCAUACCUAAACUGUGACAGAUACUCAGUAGGGCUGCUGGACAUGACAAAGGAUAAGGAAUUCUUUGACCUGUGGCCUAUCCUAAUGGGUGAAGUUCCACCAUACUCUGGACCUCAGACACCAGAUGGGAGGGAAAUCAUCUUCUACAAAGUAAUUGACUAUAUUCUCCAUGGAAAAGAGGACAUUAAAGUUAUUCCGAAUCCCACACCAGAUCACUGGGCACUCGCUAGUGGACUACCUACAUAUGUUGCAGAAAGUGGUUUUAUCUGUAACCUUAUGAACGCACCUUCAGAAGAUAUGUUUAAAUUUCAGAGUGAACCACUAGAUGACAGCGGUUGGACAAUCAAGAAUGUCUUGUCUUUGCCCAUCGUGAACAAGAAAGAAGAAAUUGUUGGUGUGGCCACUUUCUACAACAGAAAAGAUGGCAAGCCAUUUGAUGAACAGGAUGAAACACUCAUGGAGUCUCUUACUCAGUUCCUCGGCUGGUCAGUACUCAACACAGACACUUACGACAAGAUGAACAGACUGGAGAAUCGUAAAGACAUUGCUCAAGACAUGGUGCUCUACCACGUGAAAUGCCGCAAUGAUGAAAUCCAAAACAUUUUGAAAACAAGAGAGGUCUAUGGAAAAGAGCCUUCAGAAUGUGAGGAGGAUGAACUUGCCAGCAUCCUGAAAAAGGAACUUCCCGGACCUACCAAAUUUGAGAUUUAUGAGUUUCACUUCUCAGACUUUGACUGCACAGAACUGGACUUGGUCAAGUGUGGUAUCCAGAUGUACUACGAGGUCGGGGUGGUGAAAAAGUUCCAAAUUCCUCAAGAGGUGUUGGUGCGGUUUAUGUACUCAGUGAGUAAAGGUUACAGGAAGAUCACCUACCACAACUGGCGCCAUGGUUUCAAUGUUGGACAAACCAUGUUCACGUUACUAACGACUGGGAAGCUGAAGCGAUAUUACACAGAUUUGGAGGUUAUGGCUAUGAUUACAGCUGGUUUCUUGCAUGAUAUCGAUCACAGAGGAACUAACAACCUGUACCAGAUAAAAUCUCAAAACCCACUGGCAAAACUUCACGGGUCAUCAAUUCUAGAGAGGCACCAUUUGGAAUUUGGCAAAUUUUUGCUUUCGGAAGAGAGUUUAAACAUUUACCAAAACCUGAACAGGAGGCAGAUGGACCAUGUGAUUCAUCUCAUGGAUAUUGCCAUUAUUGCAACUGACUUGGCACUUUACUUCAAAAAAAGAACAAUGUUCCAGAAGAUUGUAGAUUUGUCCAAAACAUAUGAAGAUGACAACAAAUGGGUCGAUUUCCUCUCAUUGGAGACCACCAGGAAAGAGAUCGUAAUGGCCAUGAUGAUGACAGCAUGUGACUUAUCUGCUAUUACAAAACCUUGGGAGGUCCAGAGUAAGGUCGCUCUUUCAGUAGCAGCAGAAUUCUGGGAGCAAGGUGACUUGGAAAGAACUGUUUUAGAUCAGCAGCCCAUUCCUAUGAUGGAUAGAAACAAGGCAGCGGAACUCCCGAAGCUACAGUGUGGUUUCAUCGACUUUGUCUGCACGUUUGUGUAUAAGGAGUUCUCCCGUUUCCACGAGGCAAUCCUGCCUAUGUAUGAUGGCCUGCUGAACAACAGAAAAGAGUGGAAGGCACAGGCUGACGUUUACGAUGAGAAAAUGAAGGCCGUUGAAGAGGAGAAGAAAAAGAAAGAAGAGGCAGAGGCUGCAAAAGCUCAAGCUGCUGCAGGAGGUGGCGGAGGAGGAACACAGUCAAAGACCUGCUCAAUAUGCUAAACCUGGCUGCUCUCUGGGGUACACAGGCCCUGCCCAGCACAAUAAAGACCUAAACCCUCAAACUGACUGAACCAGGGAAAUGUACUCACUGCAAGCUGCAGGACCUGCUGCAGAAUCCUGUGGGGGAUCCGUUAGAAUUAUGGCAGCCAGGAUGGCACCUAAAGCAUCACACCAGACACCCUCCGUUUACAUUUUCAUCAGCACUUUAUUCCAUGUAAGGUGGAGGAGGAAAGUGGGUGCCAUGACAAGAGCUUUAGAAACAAAAGGAUUUAUUUAAUGUGUACUUUCCUUAGUGUUCAAUUUACUCAAAUGUUACAACCUACCUGUCAAGGGUGAGACCUCUCAGAAUGAAGCCUGGUUACUUGUGGUUAUUAAUGUAGAUUUACCAGCACACUGACAUUUGCAAGUUUGUAAUUAGAAUCAUUUAAAAACCCAUAAUUCCAAGUAAAACCUGUACACUGAGAUUAUAACCAUUCUCAUCAACACUAAAUUUGAAGUAGUUUACAUUCAAAGUGGUUAGUCUGUUGGCUAAAUCGAUAAACAGGAAUUAUUGCGGUUUGAUCUUUUUAGACCUUUUUCUAAUGUUCCCCUUUUUGUUUUAAAUGAUUUAUCCCAAGUUUCCUUCUACAAAUGCUCCGGUUGCUCUUCUGCUGAUGCAGGCUACACAUCAUAACCACGCAGGGACUUGGUCAUCUCAGCAUUAUUAUCUCUUGCACAUUUUAUUUCAGUGUUUUUUUUCCUUACUUUUGGUCACUACAUAAACUAAUUAUAUAAAUUAAUUAUAUAUUUUUUGUCACAUUUUGUUAAAUGGCAUGUCGUAUGCAGACAGGCUAAAAGAAUUGAAUCUAUUCAGUCUUGAACAAAGAAGACUACGCGGCGAUCUGAUUCAAACAUUCAAAAUCCUAAAAGGUAUAGACAAUGUCAACCCGGGGGACUUCUUUGACUUGAAAAAAGAAAAAAGGACCAGGGGUCAUAAAUGGAGAUUAGAUAAAGGGGCAUUCAGAACAGAAAAUAGGAGGCACUUUUUUACACAGAGAAUUGUGAGGGUCUGGAACCAACUCCCCAGUAAUGUUGUUGAAGCUGACACCCUGGGAUCCUUCAAGAAGCUGCUUGAUGAGAUUCUGGGAUCAAUAAGCUACUAACAACCAAACGAGCAAGAUGGGCUGAAUGGCCUCCUCUCGUUUGUAAACUUUCUUAUGUUCUUCUUAUGUUCUAAAUCAUUGGUCAAGGUAAAAAGAUUUUUUUUUUUAAUUCCUAUGUUCUUACCUUGAAACAGUUUAUUAGAGCAAAAUCCAGAUUACAUUGUUAUAAAUAAAAAUGUAGUCCAGCUGAUGCUUUUUGCUUUAGUGCAGUAAUCAUUUAUUUAUUUAUUUUUCAUAUUUAGUUGAUCCUGUACCAUAAACUAUACAUGUUAACUUAUAAAAAUCAUCCUUAGGUAAAAUAAGGUGUAGGUUGUAAGUAUUACCCUCACAACUUUUUCCGUAAGAAUUUUACUGUCACCCCUGGUAUGUGCCUGUAAUAUAAUUUGUCAUUGUUUUUCGUUCAAAAUAAGAUGAGGAAUAUGCAGGAUUGAACGUUUUGUUUGGCUGAGAGGGAUGUGAUGAAUUAAGUUAAACUGUCUUGUUCCAUUCUGAAAAGAAAUAAAGAAUUUAAACGUUUCAGGUAACAACUUACAACCAUGGACACCCUAUUUUAGCCAAUAAACUAACCUUGGUUAUAACACACCUUUUUGUUCACUUGCACUUCCCAUAGUAAUAUUUUUCUAAGACUCCUUACUUGUUCUUUAUUUACAGUGUGUGGGUAGUACGUAAAUCACAUGUAAUUGUAUAAUGCUUUUCUUACAGCUUAAUGAGUUUCUACCCGUGCUUUUGUAUGAUUUACUUGGACCUUAAAAAGGUUUAUGUUUAACUAAACAGACUGCCUUUCCUCCAGUUUGCUUCCAGUCUCAAUGUAUUUACACGAACCGGAGGACCUUUCCUCACAGGAGAAAAGUUCAAGUGGCAGUUAAACUGACUCCAGGUCUCCAUGGCCCCUUGUUAACUAAAAUUAGUUUUGUUUAUUUGUUGUUUUGUCUUGUUUUUUUUUUAUUAUUAUUAUAAUUGUUAGCCAGAUGAGUAAAAGUAAAUUUGGCUAAUAAAAGUAAAUUUGGCUAAAAGUAAAUUUGGCUAGAUGGUGGCUUACCGUGGAGUCCAGUUUUCAUUUUUAAAUAUUUGAAUCAAAAGAUGCACACUGUACAUAAACCAAGUCUUUAAAAUGCAGUGUUUCUAGAUACCCGAUACUGCAACUUCAGUUUUCUUGUAUGGUACAAUGUGUCUGGCUAAUCAUUUGGGAUUGCAGAUCCUGGCAAGUAUCUCUAGCUAUUGAGGUAGACAUGUUUUCAAAGCUCUGAAACAAUGAUUUAAAAGAUGUUUAUUCGCUGUGGUUAAUCCAAAUUCUUGUAGUCAAGAUUUUUGAACAUCUGCAGUCUCCAUUUUAAGUGUCAUACACAAAGGUACUCAUCUCUGCACUUCAGUAUAACAAGCAUAUUAAGGAGUUCCAUAAUUGACAUUGUAGUUUGGAAUUUGAUGUAAAAUAUGUAAUAGAAUGGUAUGAAGAGACUUCAUGUGGAACUUGCAGUGGAAUAUAUGAAUACUGAUCUACAGCAGGCUGAUAACAGUGACAUUGAAGACAUUCAAGGAAUGUGUACUAUAAACAAUAUAUCAGGCAUUCACACCAAAUAUUAGUAUUGGAAUGUAAGAUUUCUGUUUUAUUAACUGAGUCAAGUUACACCUAUUGAUUGGUCAAUACCUAGUCUCUCUCUAAAGCUGUACAUUGAAGCUAUUUUAGGUUUGUUACACAUCAAGAUCAGAACAGCCUAUUGCUAGAAGCUGCAUCUGAUACUUUGUAUUAUAAUUGUCUUUUUGGUUGCGACAAAAACUGUAUGUGAACAUAAUCUAUAAACCAAAGGCGUUGAGAACAUAUUGGGAUGUAAGGUGUGAAGAGAUGCUUUUUGAUUUUCUGCUCCGAAUAUGGGAAGAAAGGUACUUUAUUGGGGCAUUUGCCCUCCCUAUACGCCACACCAUGACACCCCUGAUAACACCAGAUUUACUCACAAGGCCGCUAUGAUUGUUAACUAGCAUAACUUUGGUAUAUCUGUGUCAUGUAAAGUGAACAUGUUACUGAAAAAAUAAAUAUGUAAAACUUUCAA